AUGACACCUAGCUGCUCAUCACUUGAAGCUCGUUGGAAUGCAUUUUCACCUACUAAAUGUGCUGAUGUUUUGAUGGCAAACAAUUCUCAAAAUAUUGGUGACUAUUGUCCUAUUGAUGGAUCUCAAGCAAUUUGUGAUAAUGGAUAUUAUUGCUGUAAUGAAUGUUGUCAAACAUGCACAAGAUGUUAUAAUAAUAGUUGCACGACAUAUAGUUGUAAUUGCUGGUGUUGUGACUAUACAUAUCAUCAAUCCUGUCAGAUUAAAUGCCCUGAAUGUUAUACUUUGAAGUUAAUGGUGCAGUAUCCUAUUUGGGGAGGUGAAAUUAUAACUUCUAACAUUACAGUGGAUUAUGAUCAGGCCCUAACAGAUGCACAAAACUUUAUGACAACAUAUCCUGUAGAAUCCCAAGUGCGAUGUUAUUACAAUCCCGAAAAUCCUUUGCAAGUUUUAUUAUCUAUAGAUUACUCAGUUCGAACUUGGGUUUUAGUUGGAAUAAGUGCAUUCAUUCUUUUUGUGAUGCUUGCUAUUGGGACGAAUUACAUCUUCCACAAAGCUUCAUUUUUGCAAGAUAUUAGUUACAGAAUUUUCUCUCUUCAAAGUGGAAUAUGGAUCGGAACAAUUACCCCAUUAUUGAUGUUCUUUUUACUUUUGGUUCCUAUCACAAAUAAAAAUCUUCUUUUGAUACUCUCAUUAUGUUUUAUCGCCAUAGGGUGGACUCCUUUAUUAAUUAGCAGUAAUAUGGAAUUUAAAAGUUAUAUUUUUUGGAUUACUGAAGUCUGGAACAAAUUACACAUACUUUUAACAAGAUUAUUCCAAAGAUUAUUCCAUAAUAUUUUCAACGAAGAAAAGAAUUUACCCAUCAACACGGCAAAUCGUAAUGAAAAUCCUAUCAUUGAUGAUAGUGCACCUCCAACUUAUGAGGAGGCAAUAGCGGAACCAUAA